AUGUCUAUCUUUGCUUGGCUCACUAUAAAUAUGUCUAUUUCUCUAUCUCUCUGUCAUAUACACUGUCUCUCCGCCUCUCAUUAUAUGUCUAUCCCUGUCUACCUCACUAUAACUAUGUCUAUUUCUCUAUUUCUCUGUCACAUACACUGUCUCUCCGCCUCUCAUUACAUGUCUAUACCUGUCUACCUCACUAUAAAUAUGUCUAUUUCUCUAUCUCUCUGUCAUAUACACUGUCUUUCCGCCUCUCAUUACAUGUCUAUCCCUGUCUACCUCACUAUAAAUAUGUCUAUUUCUCUAUCUCUCUGUCAUAUACACUGUCUCUCCGCCUCUCAUUACAUGUCUAUACCUGUCUACCUCACUAUAAAUAUGUCUAUUUUUCUAUCUCUCUGUCACAUACACUGUCUUUCCGCCUCUCAUUAUAUGUCUAUCCCUGUCUACCUCACUAUAAAUAUGUCUAUUUCUCUGUCACAUACACUGUCUUUCCACCUCUCAUUAUAUGUCUAUCCCUGUCUACCUCAUUAUAAAUAUGUCUAUUUCUCUAUCUCACUCUCUAUUUCACUGUCAACUUCAUUGUCUCUCUCUCUGCCUCAUAUUGCAUGUCUAUCACUGUUUCUUCUCUUUCUUGGCUUUUCUAUACGUCAACUUCAGCGUCUCUUUGUUUCACAUUAUAUGUCUAUAUUUCUGUCUGUCUCUUUUCUUCUCCACCGCAAUCCUUUUGAUCACACUCUCUGUCUUUCUAUAUCCAUCUCUAUUUCACUGUCUCAUAUUACGUCUCUCUCUCCCGCCAUGUCCAUUCCAGACCCUAACCUGUGUGCAUGUGACAGUCUCCUUGCUAACAAUUGA